AUGCGCGCGAGCAGGCGGUCUCGGCGCCCCGCGGGGGCUCCGGGCCCCGCCCGCCCACCUGGACGCCAAGGCCGGCACCAGCACCUCCAGCUGCGGCACCGCAGCUCCGGGGCGCCCGCGGCCGGCCCGGCUCGGGGAAAGACCCUCGCUCCUGACAGCCGCAGAGCAAACGACGCACUCCGGGAACAGUCUGUUCUCCCGGCAGCUCCCUCUCGGCUCGGCCGCCGAGCUCCCCGCCCGGGGGCGGCCCCGCUCCGCUCGCCGGCGCAGCCCCGAGGAGCGCCCGGGGGAAGGGCUGCCCCGGCACGGCCGGCGCUCCGCCAGCUCCCCGCGCGUCACCCGCCGGUCGUGCGGGGAGAGCCGCCGUGUUCUCGCCUCACGCCCGGGAGGGCCCGGUCCCCUCGGCCUUUGGAAAGGCGUGUGUUUAACGGAGCUGAGGGCGCCUCGGCGCCGGGAGCCACUGCCACAGCCGCGGGCAGCAGCGCCUGCGGCACCGCACGGCAACGACUCCCGUGCCCGCCGCGCUCCGGUCCGGUCGCGCCACAGUCCUGUGCCCGCCCGGUCCCGGUCAUCGCGGCACGGAAAGCGGGCGACGCGGUGCCCCCCUCACCUCCCAGACCGCCCGCCGCCGUUCUCCUCACCCGUCCCGAGCCGCCUCUGUCUCGCAGGGGGAUCCCCGCCAACUCCACACCGCUCUCUCCGCCGCCCCGCCAGCCGCGCUCGCCGCCGGAGCCGACCGCGCACUGCCCGCCCCCUCCAGCGGGGGAGGGGGCGCCGCGGCCGGGCCGGGGAGGAGCCAGGCGGGGGGCGUCCCGCAGGUGA